AUGGGUUGGUUUUGGGCAGACUCACAGCCAAAGGCGCCACAGGCACCUCAUCCGCCUACCAAUGCAGCUCCUCCACCUGCAUGCCCGAUGCAUGAAUCGCGUCAGGCACCAUCCGCUGCCCCUGAAGGCAGUUGCCCUAUGAAGUCCGAUUCUCCUUUCUAUUCGGCCCCGAAAUCAUCUGCCGCGCAGACACCGAAAGAGCCCGCGGCUCCAACCCAGUCCUCCACCUUGUCGAAACUGAACCCGAUGAACUUUAUGUUCGCCUCGAUCUCUCAGGAGCGUGCCGCCAAUCAGACCGUCGAUCUCCCCGUUGAGCGUGAACAGUCUUCUAUCCCACGUGGCGACAGCAACGAGAACUGGGAGUACCCGUCCCCCCAGCAGAUGUACAAUGCCAUGUUGCGCAAGGGACACACCGACACACCCCAGGAUGCCGUGGAAGCCAUGGUUGCUGUCCACAACUUCCUGAAUGAAGGUGCCUGGAAUGAAAUCGUGGGAUGGGAGCGCACGUUUGCUAAGGGUCUCAUGGACGGAUGGAGCAAGUGUCGCCGAGGCGAGGAGAACCUGAGCUGGGAUCUGGCUAUGCGCGAGGCGCAUGGACUUGUAGACCAGUCGACGGAGCCUCGGCUGAUUCGAUUCCAGGGUCGCCCCAAGGAUCUCACUCCUAAGGCCCAGAUCUUCCAGGCUCUGGGGUGGAUCUACCCUUCCAAGUUUGAAACCAAGCCUCCAUUUGACCGACACGACUGGUUCGUUCAGCGUCAGACACCUACUGGCUCCAAGGAAGUUCGUUACGUGAUCGAUUACUACUCUGGUCCUCCUGAACCGAAUGGAGAGCCGGUUUUCUACCUCGAUAUCCGACCUGCUUUAGAUUCGCCAACGGCCGCGGUUGAGCGCCUGAUGCGAUGGGGAGGAGACGCAUGGUGGAGAGCCAGCGGAGCUGCUGCUCGCGAGCAGAGCUGA